AUGCGUCAAUUCCAGCAGGUCUCCAUUUCAAAAUGGGAGGACCCCUACGGUAACUCUGCACCAAACACAGUGCAGAACAUAUACGGCACACCAAGUCCACCACCACAACCACAGGGCUAUUACGCCACAGCAAACAUACCUCAACCGCACAGCUAUUAUGCCGCACAAAGUGCACCACCACCACCGAUAAUUCUUCGCCGUGUAGUGCCAUCACCCCCUACAUUGUCUUAUUCGAUUGGUAGCCAAGGGGCAGGUGAGGAGAACAAGAACAAUAAUAAUCAGCAGAACCAAUUGACAACCAUAGAUGCAGGAGACUCCCUAGCUGCACCACUGGAAUCACCUCCAGUAACAUCAGAUGCCACUGUACAGGCAAAUCCCGAGGGGACUGCCCCCGGACAUCUAUCAGCCCAGGCACCUGCUCUUCAAGGUAGUGAGAGUGACCAUGUGACAGGAGGGAUUGCAGCUAAAUAUGUUAAAGAUGACCCUUCAGGACUACCGCCGCCUCCACCAGCACCAAUAGCUGUUGCCCCUAUUGCGGUUCAAAGAAGCCCACCAGCGAUAGCGCCAGUACCAGCACCAGCACCCCCCGUGCAAUACCCUGUGCAAUAUUCAACCCCUCCACCACCAGCACCAGCACCUCCCGUUCAGUAUUCAAGUCCUCCACCACCUCCACCAGAACCAGCACGCGUGCACCCAUCACCUCCGGCAUCAGUUGUGGGGAGUGAGAAGAGUGGUGAGUCCGAGCAGGCCGCUCAAGAGCCCCCCAAAUCCCCUACAACCAAGUUUGUUCAUUUUACCUCUGACACAAAAGACCCAGACGCCACAGAGGAUGGUAAGAAGAAGAAGCCAAUUGGGUUUACUAGAGUCAAAGCUACCGCAUUCGUUCGUCUUAAGAAGUCAUCGACGACUCCCUCUGCACCCCCACCAAAAGAGGAAAAGAGGAAAAUCAUUUCUCCAGAAGGCUUUAUUCGAAGGCGAAGAAGGAGCUCGCUCUUCUCGUCCUCGUCGUCUGAGAAGCUGAAGCCUAGCAAGGAAGAGAGAUCCAGAAGCAGGAAAGGAAGCAAUGAUCCUAGUCCGCCUUCAAGUGAUGCUGGGACAAUCUAUGUACCAUCUGUUCCUUCAUCGGUUAUUUCUGAUAGCGUCAUCGUCGAGGAGACAGCGGCAGAUGUUGCGCGAUCGAUUGUCAGCCAACCUGCCCCACUACCACCACCUCCACCACCUCCUCAACCGAUAGAAGUAGCUCCUGCGCCUGUAGAAACACCGCCCGCCGCAGAAGAGCCUCCUAUCGAAAGCGAACCAGCACCGGCAGCACCUCCUGCAGAAGCUCAAGAACCCGAACCCGAGGAGCCACCACAACCAGACGAACCCGCUCCGCCUGUUCCUGAAGCGCCAUCAUUAGUGUCGGUUGAAUUUGUUGUCGCUGAAGUCGUUCCAUCACUAGACGGGUCAACGAUUGAAGCCACUGACAAAGACGAAAACCAGGCGCCAGAACCAUCAGCAGAAGUCAGUGAAUCGACCAGCGAAGAGGACCAGGUAGCUAGUGAGCCCGCUUCCGAGCCGGCACCGGAGCCAGCGCCGGAGCCAACACCGGAACCGGUGGUCGAGCCAGCACCGGAGCUAGUGGAAGAGCCCGCAGCAGCAGAGCCAGCCCCAGAGCCAGAGCCAGAACCAGCUGCAGAGCCAGUUGCAGAGCCAGUCCCAGAACCAGCCGCAGAACCAGUCGCGGAGCCAGACCAAGCUCCUGCGGUCGAGACUGCUACUACUGAGCCUGAAGCUGAGAUCGCUGUCGAAGUACCAUCUGAACCGCAAGAGGCCGCGGCCGAAGACACAAAGCCCGCCGAAGACGCUACCGCUGGUGAUGAGGCAGACGCAACACCAGCAGCCCCUGAAGAGGCCGCUGCAGCAGUUGAAGAACAACCUGCUGCGGAAGAAAAGACUGUCACUGAAGAAGAGCCUUCAUCAGAGGAUGCACCUCCUGCGGUCGAAGAGAGCUCUGCCACUGAAGCGACGUCUGCCAACGAGGAAGCGCCGGCUGUUAAAGAAACUCCUGCUGCUACUGCAGAGGAGGCACCUACAGAGGAACUAGCACCAGCUGUAGAGGAGUCACCAAGUGCGCCAGCAGAUGCUUCUACCCCAGAAGAGGCGCCAGCUCCAGAAGAGGCACCUGCUUCAGGAGAGGCACCUGCUGUUGAUGAGACUCCCGUGACUGAGGAGGUUCCUGCUAUUGAAGAAACCGCUGCUCCUGUCGAGGCACCUGCAGAAGAGGAAACAGCACCCCAAGCUGUGACAGAAGAAGUACCUGCAGCUGAAGAGACACCUUCAAAUGAAGAAAAUCCUGCCAGUGAAGCCCCUCCAGAAGACGCUCCCGUCACUGAAGAGGCUUCAGCUGUCGAAGUAGGCCCUGCCACCGAAGAGGCUCUAGUUACUAAAGAGGCUCCUAUUGAAGCAGUCCCAGUUGUUGAAGGAGUUUCUGUUCAAGAUGCAUCGGCCGAAGCCGCUGCUGCUAAUGCUGCUAUCGCUGCCGCUGCCACUGCCGCCGCCGCUGCCGCCGCUACUGCUGCUACUGCUGCUACUGCCGCAGCUGCAGCUGUUACUGCUGCCGCCGCCGCUGUUACUACUGCUGCCGCCGCUAAUGCUAUUAAGGACGCCUCGGUCACUGAAGAAGCUCCAGUUGUCGAAGAGGCACCCGUUGUCGAAGAGGCAGCUGUCACGGAAGAUGUAGCUGUUGUUGAAGAGACGCCCGUUGUUGAAGAAGCCACUGCUGCUGAAGUACCUGCUACUGCAGAGACCCCAGCCGCUGAGGAAGCUCCCAUUGAAGUAGCCCCCGCUGUUGACGUUCCUGUCACUGAAGAACCUCCUGCUGCCCCUGCUGCUGAAGAAGCACCCACUGUUGAAGUUACUGCUACCGAGGAGACCCCGGCUACCAAAGAGGCUCCGGCUAUCGAGGAGACCCCCGCUGCUGAAGCUCCUGCCGCUGAAGCCCCUGCCGCUGAAGCCCCUGCCGCUGAGGAAGCUCCUGCUGUCGAAGUAGCUCCUGCUGCUGAGCAAGCUCCUGUCGAAGAGGCACCUACUAUUGAAGAAGUUCCAGCUGUCGAAGAAGCUCCUGUUGAAGAAGUCCCCGCUGUCGAAACCCCUCCUGCUGAAGCUCCAGUUGUCGAAGAUGCCCCUACUACCGAAGAGGCCCCAGCCACUGAAGAGGCCCCUGUCGCUAAGGAAGCACCUACCGUCGAAGAAGCUCCUGUUACUGAGGAUGCUCCAGCCACCGAAGUUGUAGCCACCGAAGAAGCCACCGCUACUGAAGAAACUCCCAUCACCGAAGAAGCCCUUGUUACUGAGGAAGCUUCAACCACCGAAGAAACUCCUGCUAAUUCAAAGAUUGCCACUGUUGAAGAUGUCUCUGACGAUGAAGGAGCUCCUGUUACGGAGAGGACUUCAGCCGCUGAAGAGGUUCCUGCCGCUGAAGCUCCAGUUGUAGAGGUUCCCGCCACUGAGGAAACUUCAGCCACCGAAGAGACUCUUGCUGUUGAAGAAGCGCCUGCGGUUGAGGAAGCCCCUACUGUUGAAGAAGCACCUGCUACGGAAGAAGCGCCUGCUACAGAAGAAGCGCCUGUUACUGAAGCGCCUGCUACUGAAGCGCCUGCUACUGAAGCGCCUGCCACUGAAGCACCUGUUGUUCAGGAGGCUCCAACCGAGGACACUCCUGCUGCCGAAGAAGUUCCUCCUGCCGAAGAAACCUUAGCUACAGAGGAUAAUUCGGCCAUUAACGAGACUCCUAUGCCUGGGGGAUUUCCUGAGGAGGCCCCCGCAACGGAGGAAGUUCUUGCUACCGAAAAGGCUGCUGUCCCUGAGGAAGCUCCUGUCACCGAGGAGGCUCUCGCUGCUGAAGAGGCUCCCACAGUAGAGGAGACAGGCCCUUCAACUGUGAUUGAGGAAGCACCCGCCAAAGAAGCCUCCCCUGUUACUGAAGAGGCUUCGACUGUUGCGGAGGCCAAGGAAAUCCCUGCCCCCGAGGCUUCGCCCAUGACAGAAGAAGAAAAGACUAGUGUCGCAGAUGCUACGGUAGAAAGCGAAAGUGAAGCUGCACCUGUAGCCCAAUGGUCAAGUGAGGAAAAUGAAGCGGAAGUAAAGUUGCGGUCUGAAGAGGCGAGCACGGAUGCAGUAGUUGAAUCUCAACCUUCCGAACCUCACGCUCCUCAAGACACUAUCGAUACGUCCUCGCCUGAUGAUGCCCCGACCGUCGAAGACACAAACGAAGACGCUGACGGCCGCGAUACCAUAGCUGCAGCAGAUGAAGAUGACUCUAUACCUGUUGAGGAAAGUUCAGACGACGAUGAUUCAUCUGUCGAUGAUUGGAUUGCCGAUGGAGAUGGCGGUGAUUGGAUAGCCGAUGGAGAUUCGGAUGGUGAAGAAUCUGACCAAGACAUUUCCGACUGGGAAAAGGAUGAUGUCUCGUCGCAGUGUGAUGCGAUCGAGACGGAUGCAUCUGAACAUCACGAUGGCGAUGGCCCUAGUACUGGGAGGAACUCGAUCGAGCCAAAGGGUGACGACAUGGAUAAUGUAGAAUCACAGCAGCCGGCGGGGACAGUGGACGUGUUUGCAUUCCAGGAAGAUAGCACGGGUUGCACGGACGAGGUCACAGAGUCUAUUGUCGCCAAAGAUGUGACCGUUGUGGACAAGACGGUGCCAGAGGCAGAGGUCAUGACACAAGAAGGGUCGACUGGCACACACCAAGCAUAUGUCACGGAUGUUGAUAUUGAAGCAGAAUCGGCAGAGGUUCCUGUCACGGAGGUAGAUGCUGGGAAGGUUAUUGGCGAGCAGGGCAAACAGGAAGAAGCAGUGGGCGGUGAUGGGGCAGGCCAUGGCGAUGGCAACGGUGUCGAGGCAGAAGCAACACCAGAAUGCAGUCCGGGCGGUGAUGCUGUGGGCGCACUAGAGGUUACACCUGUUCUGGACCCUGGUGUCGGUGAGGGAACAUCGGCACAAAGCAAUAUGCUUCCCGAGGCCAGCGAAGCGGCCGUGGAGUCGGGGAAGCCCGAUGACGUGGGAGAGGCGAGGUUGAGGGAGACGAUAGUCGACACCGCUGCCAAUCUUCUACCCAUAGCCGAGGACACACCGGACGAGUCAUGCGCAAUCACCCCGGCUCACGCUACUAGUGAAGUGAGCCCAAAUUCGGCCUCAGAAGAGGCUGGCGUUCAAGCACAAAGUGAUCAACACGCUAUCCAAGACGACCUCCCUAAGCACUCUCCUGACGAGCCACACGUUGCUGAUUCCUCUCCGCAACACACCGACCAAGAUGUUAUAGCAGCAGAUUCAGGAGUAGCAGAAAGCGAAACUAGCCCUGCUCCAGAUAUACCAGCCACUGAGAUAUCCGAAGCGAUCGCUACCAGCCAAGCUUCUCUAGAGGUGUCUGAUCCCCCCGAAGUGGACAUGAAGGCCAACGCAGUCCCAGCAGUCCCAGCACACCAAGAGAAGAUAGCAGAAGAGCCAGAGUCCGACUCGGGAAGCGAACCUGAGUCUGAAGAUGACGACUGGUCUGGGUCUGAAGUUUCAUCCCUACCACCUGCCGACGAUGUCUCGCAGGUUGAUGAUGACACACCCAGCUCUGAACCUGCACAUGAUGUGAACGACAAAGUCCAAGAUGCCGCCCUGGAGCAAAAGGCUCCUGUAACGGCUGACAAGCCCGAUGCACCAUUAGAGGACCAAGCCCAGGAUGACGAUGACGUCGACGAUGGUCCCGAUGGCUCAGGCUCAGAGGUGUCAGCAGCAGCCGGGCCCGAAGAAAGCGAAUCCGGGAUCGCGGAAGACGUGAGCCAAUCUGGAAUCGAAGAAGACGGUUCGACCCAUGAGCCACCCGCGGACCCUUUGCCAACUGAGGAUCCCGACCCGCAAGGCUCUGAAGUUGGCCCAGAAAGUGUUGCCAAAAGCGUUGCCGAUGGCCCUGCUGAAGGAGACUCCAUUGUAUCUUCAGAAAGCUCCGAAGGCGCUGAGGAAGAGCCUGCUGCGGAUGCAACAGUGCCCGAGUCACAAAAUGCGCCCAAGCCAAAAGAUGUGCCUGAGCCGACACAUGCGCCUGAACCGGCAGAAGAAGAUGCCGAGGAUGCCGCCGAAGAGGAUGCUGAGGACGCCGAAGAUGACGAUUGGGAUGGCUCCUCUUCAGCGAGUGAGUCUGGAAGUGAGGCUGAAGCUGACGAAGCCGAGGAGCAACCAGAGGCUGCGGCUGAAGCACCCGAGGAUGACACUAUCUCGACUGUAGAUGCAGAGGUAGGAGCUGAUGCCGCUGCAUCUGAAGCGGAAGUCCAGGUGAUUGAGCCGGCCGCGGAUGUGGAAUCUCAUGCAUCUGGUCCGGAAGAAGGCUCUGCAAGUGUUGCAGAGCUGGAAGAGGCUCAGGAACCCGACACUUCCGCACCAAUCGCUGAAGAGGCUGCGACAGUCGACGCAACCGCCGAUGCUGACGAGGAGGCUCUCGAGGAGCAGGUGGAUGACAGCCUGGUGGAUGAUAGCCUAGUGGAGAAUAGCCUUGUGGAGAGUGAAGAUGCUGAUCCAGCUCCGGCUGAUGCACCAGAGGAGGCUGAGACUGCACCACCAACUGAAGUCGGCACAGCAGAGCCGCCUUCAGACGGGUCAGAUAUAGCAUCGGGAGAAAGUGAAGUAUCGGUAGAGGAGGAUGGCGAAGCAGAGGAAGCGCCCGCAGACGACACCCUAACCACGGAAGAUGCUGACGCGGCGGAAGACGAACCCUCAGAGGUACUGUCUGAGCUGGCUGAGUCAGCUGUAGAAGAGAGUGUUGUCGAGGAACAAGCACCUCCUGCUGAAGACGCUACUCCACAGCCAGAUGUUGAACCAGUCGCUGAACCAGUUGCUGAACCAGUUGCUGAAUCGGUUGUGGAAUCAGUCGCGGAAUCAGUCGCGGAAUCAGUCGCGGAAUCAGUCGCAGAGCCAGUCGCAGAGCCAGUCGCAGAGCCAGUCGCAGAGCCAGUCGCAGAGCCA